CUUCUCACUCUUUUUGAAAGCGAAUGGCGUCCCAAGUUCCAACUGAGCUUCCCGUGCUCUCGUUCGACGAGAUUCGCGGUGAGCUCGAGCCGUCAAUGCAGUCUGUCAGCAAGAUUAUGUGUGCCAACCGCGGAGAAAUUGCCAUCCGAGUCUUCCGCGCUGCGCACGAGCUCUCUUUGCGCACUGUCGCCAUUUACAGUCUUGCCGAUCGUUUUGCCAUGCAUCGCUCAAAGGCCGACGAAGCGUACGAAGUCUCUGGUCCAAACGUCACUCCCGUUGGCGCCUACCUGGACGUCGAUCGCAUUGUCGCGUUGGCUGUGAAAUCGGGUGUUCGCGCCAUCCAUCCAGGCUACGGCUUCCUCUCGGAAAACUCGACCUUUGCCCGCGCUGUGGAGAAGGCCGGCAUUGUGUUUGUCGGCCCCGAUCCGGACGUCAUUGACAAGAUGGGCGACAAGACUCAGGCGCGCACGGCUGCCAUUGAGUGCGGUGUCCCGGUUGUUCCUGGCAGCAACGGCCCAGUCCCGUCACUGGAGGCCGCUGAGGCCUUUGUCAAGCAGCACGGGCUGCCAGUCAUCAUCAAGGCUGCGUUCGGCGGCGGCGGUCGCGGCAUGCGCGUGAUCCGCAACGAGUCCGAGCUCAGCGAAGGCUACCUUCGUUGCACCUCCGAGGCCAAGUCCGCCUUUGGUGACGGUACCGUGUUUAUCGAGCGUUACAUUGAAAACCCUCGCCACAUCGAGGUCCAAAUUCUGGCCGACAACUAUGGCAACGUCGUCCACCUGUUUGAGCGCGAUUGCUCGGUGCAGCGUCGCCACCAGAAGGUGAUUGAAGUGGCCCCGGCCGUCAACCUCCCCACCAACGUUCGCGACGCGAUUCUCGAGAGCGCGCUCAAGCUGGCUCGCCACAUCAAGUACCGCAACGCCGGCACGGUCGAGUUUUUGGUCGAUCCCCAGCACCGCCACUACUUUAUCGAGGUCAACCCCCGCAUCCAGGUCGAGCACACCAUCACCGAGCAAAUCACGGGCGUCGAUCUUGUCGCUUCCCAAAUCCGAAUUGCCGCCGGUGCUUCGCUCGAGUCGCUCGGUCUGCAGCAGUCCAACAUUUCCGUGCGCGGCCACUCAAUCCAGUGCCGCGUGACUGCCGAGGACCCUGCCAACAACUUUAUGCCCGACACGGGCAAGAUUGUCGUCUACCGAACCUCGUCCGGCAACGGCAUCCGUCUCGACGGUGGCGCUGGUUUUGCGGGCUCGAUCAUUACUCCCCACUACGACUCGCUUCUCGUCAAGAUCAUUUCGCACGCGUCGACCUACCAGAGUGCCAUCCGCAAGCUGCUGCGCGCCAUCACCGAGUGCCGCAUUCGUGGCGUCAAAACCAACAUUCCCUUCCUGCAAAAGGUGCUGUUGCACCCAGAGUUCCUCCAGGGCGUCGUCCACACUGGCUUUAUCGACAACACCAAGGAGCUUUUCAACUUCCCCGUCCUGAAAAACCGCGCCCAGAAGCUGCUCACCUUCCUCGGCGAGAUUUGCGUCAACGGCUCGGCUGUGCAGGGCAUGGUUGGCGAGCCCGGCCCCAUCACGCCCAAGAUCCCCACCAUCACCAACCUCCCCGACCCGAUGGCCCCGCCACCGGCUGGCUGGCGCGACAUUUUGCUGGCCGAAGGCCCCGAAGGGUUUGCCAAAAAGCUCCGUGCCCACAAGAACGUGCUCAUCACCGACACCACCUGGCGUGAUGCUCACCAGAGCCAUCUCAUGACUCGCAUGCGCACGUACGACAUGGCGGCCGUUGCUCCCCACACGGCCCAUGUCAUGAGCAAGGCCUUCUCGCUCGAAAUGUGGGGCGGCGCCACGUUUGACGUUUCUCUGCGCUUCCUGCACGAGUGCCCUUGGGACCGUCUGCGCCAAUUGCGUGCGCUUGUGCCCAACAUUCCAUUCCAGAUGCUCCUCCGCGGUGCCAACGCUGUCGGCUACACUACCUACCCCGACAAUGUCGUGUUUGAGUUUGUCAAGACCGCCAAGGACAACGGCGUCGACAUUUUCCGCGUGUUUGACUCGCUCAAUUACGUUGAAAACCUCCGUCUUGGCAUCGAUGCUGUUCGCGCCGCGGGUGGUGUGAUUGAGGCUGCCAUCUGCUACACUGGCGACGUCCUCAACCCCAAGCGUCCAAAGUACAACCUUCCGUACUACAUUGGCCUGGUGGAGAAGCUCGUCGAGAUGGGCAUUCACAUUCUUGCCAUCAAGGACAUGGCUGGCUUGCUCAAGCCGCACGCUGCGACCGUGCUGAUUGGCGCCAUCCGCACCCGCUGGCCCGACCUGCCCAUCCACGUCCACACCCACGACACUGCGGGCACUGGCGUUGCCUCCAUGAUUGCCGCUGCGCAAGCCGGUGCGGAUGUGGUUGACGUGGCGACGGACGCCAUGUCCGGUCUGACCUCGCAGCCCUGCAUGGGCGCCGUCGUGACCUCCCUCAACGACCUUGGCCUGGGCGAGGCCUUCAACUUUGACCAACUCCAGGACCUCAACGGCUACUGGGGCCAAGUCCGUGCCCACUACCGCUGCUUUGACUCUGAGCAGAAGGCAAGCUCAUCGGACGUCUACCAGCACGAGAUGCCCGGCGGCCAGUACACCAACCUCUUCUUCCAGAGCAUGUCGCUUGGUCUGUCUGAGCAGUGGGGCGCCAUCAAAACGUCGUACGCGGCGGCCAACCGUCUCUUGGGCGACAUUGUCAAGGUCACCCCGAGCUCCAAGGUUGUGGGCGAUCUUGCCCAGUUCAUGGUCGCCAACGAGCUGGACGAGGAGAAGGUCAUUGCCCAAGCCGAUCGCCUCUCCUUCCCUUCCUCUGUCGUUCAGUACUUCCAAGGUCUGAUCGGCAUUCCGGAGGGUGGUUUCCCGGAGCCUCUUCGAACCAAGAUUGUGCGAAACUUGCCGUGCGUGCAGGGCCGACCUGGAGCCAACAUGCCUGCGCUGGAUCUGGUCAAGCUCAAGCGUGAUCUCGUCGAGCAGUUUGGCUCUUGGAUUACGGACACGGACGUCAUGAGCGCUGCCAUGUACCCCGAAGUGUUCAAGGAGUAUGCCCUGUUUGUCAACCACCUCGGCAACGUCGGCAUGGUUCCUACUUUUGCCUUCCUGAAGGCGCUGCCUGUGGGCGAAGAGCUGGUGGUCGACAUUGAGGCUGGCAAGCGUCUGUACAUCAAGUUGAUUGCCGUUGGCACAGAGACCGACCAGCGCGGCAUGCGCGAGGUGUUCUUUGAGCUGAAUGGCGAGGCGCGCAAGAUUUCCGUGCCCGACCGCUCGAUUGCGGUCGCCCAUGUGACUCGCGCCAAGGCCAGCGCUGACAUGCCCAACGAGGUUGGCUGUCCCAUGUCUGGAACCGUGAUUGAGCUGCGUGCCAAAGUGGGCGCUCCCCUCAAGCAAGGUGAUCCGAUCUGCGUGCUGAACGCCAUGAAGAUGGAGACGGUCGUCACCGCGCCUCUGUCGGGCACGUUGGAGCUCCUGAACGUGAAGGUUGGCGAAUCCCUGUCUGCUGGUGAUCUCGUCGCUCGAAUCAAGCCAGCCGCGCCGUAAACCCUGAGUCGGGGGUUUUUGUUGGUUUUGUCUUGUUUUUUUUUUGUUGUUGUUGUUUGUGAUUUUAGUCUGCUGUAGCAACUUUUUACGUAGUGGCUGUACUUGUCUGUAACGCGAAUAUUCUCAGUUCUGUAGAAAUUAGUUUUGACGUACUGCCCGCAUC